AUGAGAGCCAACCUUCUACUGGCGAAAUGGGCAGUAGUGGGUCACUUGCCUAGCUUUGAUGAGUACAUAGAUGCGACUGGAGACGAGUUCGGUGUAUAUUUAACAAUGACAGGAAUUUUGAUGGCUAUGGACCAAAAUAUCUGCAAGAAAGAAGCUUAUGAGUGGUUGAAAUCUAGAGAGAAACUCGUUAGAGCAAUGACUAUAAAAUCACGAGUGGCGGAUGAUAUGUUUGCCUAUGAGGAUGACAUGAGCAGAGGAUAUGAGACGGGCUCCGUCAACUGUUACAAGAAGCAAUAUGGAGUUACGGAAGAAGAAGCCUUUAGAAAGCUUAGUGAAAUGAUUGCAGAUGGUGAUAGGAUGAUGAACGAGGAGUUUUUGAAGCCAAUCAAUGUGCCAAACCAGGUUCUCAAAAUAGUCAACAACACUUUACGUGCGAUAUAUAUUUUCUACGACAAGGACGAUGGAUUUACUCGUCCUGCUAAAAUCAAGAACCAUAUCACGUCUAUGUUCGUUGAUAUAAUUUGA